GUCUGUGUGUGUGGAUUGGAUUCACAUGUUUCAUGAACGGUCAUCGAAUAUUUUUUCUUACUAUGCACGAGUUUUGUCACGGACAGAUUUCUAUUGAGCCUCGUUUGUGUAGAAGAUCAACAUGGAGACCCAAGUGAAAAACGCCAUCCAUGAGAUACCCGAUCUUCAAAGAGUUCCAGACCCUGUAUCUCCAUAUGAUGCUUCAUUGAAAACUAUUGUUGUCGACAAUGGUUCGUACGAAUGCAAAGUCGGCUGGAAUUCCGAUCCUGCACCCCGGAUGAUUUUCCGGAGUCAUUCCACCAAAAUCCGCGGACAAAAAGGAGGAGAGAUAUGUGUGGGGAACGACAUUGCCAACUAUGAAGCCUCAGGUUGGAUGCCGCUGAAGAGUCCCUUCGAAAAAAACAUUGCCAGUCACCCCGAGAUUCAGGAGCAUAUCUUCGAUCACAUUUUCACAAAGCUAGGUUUCCACGGUGAAGCGUCCAGGAUAGAUCAUCAGAUCGUAGUGACCGAACCCAUAUGUAAUCCGAAUUACUAUCGCCAAUAUAUGUCCGAGCUGUUAUUCGAAUGCUACGGAGUGCCCAGUGUCGUUUAUGGUAUCGAUUCGAUGCUCAGCCUGGAGCACAACAUCCCCCAUGUUCAAAAUGCCCUCGUCAUCGGUCUUGGCCACGCCGUUUGUCACGUCGUUCCCGUGCUUGGCAACGAAGUCCAAUUCAAACGUUCCAAGAGAAUCUCCAUCGGAGGACAGAACGUUGUUGCAACGCUGCAACGGCUCCUGCAGCUGAAACAUCCACAUCUCGCCGCGGCGAUCAAUAAUUCGCGUUCAGAAUACCUAACUCACACGUUCUGUGAGUUCGCGCUCGAUUACGACGAUGCGGUUCUCAAGUUCCGAGACGUCGAGCAUCUGAACAAGAACACAACAAGGAUUCAGCUACCCUUGAAGUCCAUCCAGGCAGCCGCCACGGCCACGACGACCGCGGGAAAAAUGGACGUGUGUUAUGCGAUUAUUCAACGCGUGGAGAGUGUGAUGUCGCAAAAGUACAAGAUGAAACUCAACGACAGUCAGGAAAAACUGAAGCAGUUGCUCGUCAUUCACGAGAUGGCUGUCUGCGAGGAGGAUCCGCGGAAGAGGAUCUUCACCCUGAACGAUCUCGGUUUUGACAGCUUGGAGGAGGUGGAAGCCACGAUAUCGAUGCUCAGACACCGCAUCGAGAACACCCUCCAGAGCGACCUUCCACCGAUCGUGGAUCUAUGCCACUACUCGGACCCGGAGUCCUGGCUACUGUCGCUCCGGAGAGUCCGAGAAGAUCUCAAGUCUAAAAUCUCUGAUGACAGCGACGCACAACGACCAUAUGGCUCUCGAGAGGAACGGCUUUCCGAUGAAGAAACAUUAGACCGGAUUGAGCUGAUCAUUUUCGAAACGGAACGAGAAUUCAGGAGACCUUCCGUGCUGGAUCUAGAUAAUCUGAGGAGCUCAUCCGCCAUCUCGAAAUUUUACCAACUCCUGUUGUCAACGGAGAAGUAUCGAGCCCCAGAGGUCCUCUUCCAACCGACCGCGAUGUUGGGCUUGGAGCAGCCCGGUCUCAUAGAGACCGUAGACAGAGUGCUGCAGCAGUUCGAAAUCGGAGAACAGAGGGAUAUGGCGCAGAAAAUUUUCGUCACUGGGGGUCCCGCCUGUAUUCCUGGUCUCAAGGAGCGUCUCGAGCGCGAGAUCCGGGCGAUUCGACCUUUCCAGAGUGAUUUCGAAAUAAUAAUGGCGCGACAACCGGAUCUAGAUGCGUGGAACGGAGCUAAAGCGAUUGCCAGUGAUGAGAGUGUUCUGCAGUUCGCCGUGUCGCGUGAAGACUACGAUGAGUUCGGACCGGACUUCAUAAAGAAAUUCAAGUGGUCGAACAUCUACGCCCCGUCUCCUCUCGUCGUCAGGAUCUGA